GGCAAUCAUAGCAACCAGCAUGGUGACGGGGAAGCUUAGCUUCGCUCCUUAUCUGCUUAUAAGCUAGUAUUAGGCUGUUAUGUUUAUGUUACUUGAUUAUCUUACAGUUUUAAAAUGUUUACAGUUAAGCACACUGUAGUUUCUGGAUGUAUCCAAGCUCUGCCGUCGCUGCCCCAGAAUAUUUCUGAGGAAAAUGGGAUACGCUGAGUGUAACAUUGCCAUGGAAUCGAGAAUAGGGAGUGUGUCAUCUGGACUGGGUUGUAGCCGUGGUACAAGAGGACAGACUUUGAAAAGUAGCCCUUUCUGCCCUCCCUCCUCCAGCAAGUUGACACAAUCCAUCAUUAAAGACCACAUGGUGUCUCAUUACAAAAAAGUUUACUCAGCUAAAGCUGUCAUUGAUGCCUCAGUACCCAAAAGCUUGAUACAUAGUGUAAAGUACAAUGACCAGAUCAGACAGGAGCAGUUGCGGAAAGGGGGUCGUCCUCAGUCAGCCCACUGUCUCUCACAGAGGAAUAGCAGAGCCUCCUGCUCCUCAGCCCAGAGUAGAUUAUCUGUGGAGUAUGAUGACAGCCCCUACCUCUACUCAAGGAGUUCCUCGGUCUCCAGCCCACGGUUCAGCACCUCCUUUCAUGCCAAGGAGAUAGUUUAUCCAUCACAGAACCAGUCUCAUCACACUCGCCCAGCAUCAGAAAUAAAGUACCGGAGCCCAGGGGCAACUUCUCACAGAAAGCAGUCAGCGUGUUCACUGGCAGCGUCGGGAGAUCAUAGCUGCUACAAGACUUACCAGGACCCUGUUCAGAAGACGUACAGCGGAGACCUGCUCCAGAAACAUUCACAGCACUUUACCCAAGACAAACCUUUCACCCCUAAGACCCUGAAAUCAGAUAAGAGCUCAUACCUGUCGAAAUAUCGCUACUACAGAGCACCACAGAGGAAACCUACUCAGGAUUGUACCAACUCAAGAUUGAUGCGACAGAAGACUUAUCAUGGAAGCACAAAAACCAAGGAAUACACACAGGAUUUUUAUGAGCCAUCUCAGGGAUUUAAUACAGACCAUGAGUGGUCUGAGGAUGAGUUCAAUGGCACAUAUUUCUCAGCAUCUAGACAACACAGUCGAGCAAACAAGAGCAGAGACCAUGAUUUCUUUGACUCCUCAUUCAGGGUCUCACCAGAAGGCAGGAAAUCUCCCAUUAUGAAGAGUGUAUCUACAGAGGAGGAAGAAUUAAUGUACCUCGAAUUCAUUUCUGCUGUAACAGAGGAUAUCUUGUCCAGGGGACACAUCUCUGACAGGGUCCUAGACCGGGUGAUAAAGCGCCAUAUUGACAUGAAUCGGCAUCAGCUUGAUGAGGAUAAAAUGCACCACCUUCUGGAAGUGCUGCGUAAGGAUUUUGAAGAGCCAAUCAACAUAUCCACCUCCAGUACAGAGCUUGAAAAAAAGGAGAAUGAUCUGCUUGAUGCAUUCUUACCACAUCUGGAAUCAGGGGGGAAUCAAGUGAAGACCAAAGAAAACAAUGACCUGUUCCCUUAUGCGUCACAAAUGAAAUACUGUGAUUCGCCAGAUUAUGCUGAUCCCUUAUUGGUGUCUACACCCUUAUGCUCUCCUGAAAGGACUGCUUCACCAACUAAAACAAAUGAAGAGGAUGGAGACUGUGACAAUCUGGAAAAGGGCAUUAGCUCUCCUUGGCUCAGUGAGCAUGUUUCCGAUAAUACAAGAAUCAGUGAAGAGGGCUUCCGUCAAAAUCAAAUAGGCACAACUGCAACAAACAAAGAAGUCAGCAGCCAUAAAUACACCACUAUAACCAGUGACAAAGGAUUUCAUCAGGACCAAGCUGAGGUCAGUUACGAUGGACAAUCUGAAGAAUUUGAGGAUCUGGGGAGAAGUUUGUCAGAGUCGCUUCAUGUGUCCAGCAAUACACACCACAACAAUGUGGAGACCGCUGAGCAACAUACAAAUACAGUUGCUUCUGUCAGUGAUGAUGAGUUCUGAGUUUUGCUGUAUUCAGGGAUUGAAUGUCCUUUAAUGUUUACAUUACCAAGUGAGUGUUUUUUCAGAGUAAUAGAAUACUUGAAACUUCUGAAAGUAUAGUUUUGUAAAUGUGAUUUAACACUGGUUGUGUUUUCCAUGUUUUUUCAAGCCCCACCAAUGUGGUGUUGUAGUCCUAUUCUGCUUUUUUUUAAUCUUUUUACAAAAGCACAGUGGAAAUUUCACAUAAGCAAACAAGGUGUUGCCAGUACAUCAGAGACUUGAAUGUCUCAUUUAGGAUAUUGUAAAGUGGGCGCAUACUUGAGCUGUAGUGGUUGAGCUCCAGUUGAACUCCAGAGUAAUGCUCUAAAUAUAUUCUAAAUUAUUGCCCCAUGGUAACCAGUAUGAUUAGCAAAUUUGCAAAUGAGAGUCCAUGGCACUGCACUGAUGUCAGAUGUGUGGAAUUAGUAUCUUUUAGUUUGAGUGGACCCAGUCAGUCUUAAGUACAGUGUGAUGUAGCUGCAGUUUACAUUUUCAGAUUUCAGGAAUUAUUUUAUAAAUAAACUUAAUUGUUCAAUUUAAUUGUAGUUAAAUUGUUCACACUGUUUGACUUGAUAUAUGCCUCUGACAUGUAGCUGUAGCUCCUACAGUCACCAGCUUGACUGUCACCAGAAAGUGUCUUUACAAUUGCAAUAAAUUUUCUAUUCUUUUCCUUCUUGUA